AAUGGUUAGUUAUAUUAUACCGCAAAGCAUCUAUUUGUUCCGUUUCUCUCUCUCUCUCUCUCUCCACCUUCGCUUCCUCUCUCUAGAUUUCUGCUUCUCUGUUGUAAAAGUUUCUCCAUUUCUCCACCCAAAACCUUUGCCUGGAUUUUCUCUAAAUCUUUUCAGCUUUUCUCAAUUUCAUGCACUCGCCAUCGUUUCUAAUUGAUUUCGAUACGCCCUCUCAUCGUCAUGCUAAACGGUUCACCGGAAAUCCGAUUCUUCUGCAAAGAGAAAAUGUUGUUGAUGUUUUAGGGCAGCGGUUCGGCGCGGAUUGCACCGGAAACCGGAGAAAUCUUCAGUUUCUGACCGUGAAUGUGUUUAAAAAUCGAAAUUUGAUCAUGUGAAGAUCAUCUUGAAGGGCUUGGUGAUCAUGAUUUGUCGGUAUUUUAGCUGAAUUGAAGGGGAAAAAACGAAAAACAGAAAAUAGCAAGGGGGCAAAUAAGUCGUUUCAUGAAAAUAAAAUAAAACAAAAAGAAAUUAAGGAUUUCUUGUACUGGGUAUUAUGGAAACUGUAAUGCCGGAAACUGCAAUGCCGGAAACGGCAUCAUGUGCACGCCGUUUUGCUGCCCUUAGAGGGGUCAAAUGGCGCGUGGAUUUGGGGAUUUUACCAUCUUCUCCUUCUGCAACCAUCGACGAUCUUCGCCGCGUCACCGCCGAUUCUCGGAGAAGGUAUGCUGCAUUGAGGAGACAACUUCUGGUUGAUCCACAUGUGCCGAAAGAUGGAAGUAGUUCUCCUGAUCCCGUCAUAGACAAUCCACUGUCGCAAAAUCCUGACAGCAUGUGGGGUCGCUUCUUCAGAAAUGCCGAACUGGAGAGGAUGGUUGAUCAAGAUUUGACACGUUUGUACCCAGAAAGAGGCAGCUACUUCCAGACAAGUGGAUGCCAAGGCAUCUUACGGAGAAUUUUAUUGCUUUGGUGCCUUAGUCACCCAGAGUAUGGCUACAGACAAGGGAUGCACGAACUCUUAGCUCCACUGGUGUAUGUUCUUCAUGUCGACCUUGAACGCCUCUCAGAAGUGAGAAAAAAUUAUGAAGACCAUUUUGUUGACAACUUUGAUGGCUUUUCAUUUCAUGAAAAUGACUUGACAUAUAAGUUUGAGUUCAAGAAAUUCUCGGAAUCUGUGGAAGAUGGGAGCAAGUCUAAAAAAAGUCCAAAGAUAGCCAGUCUCACUGAACUUGAUCCAGUGAUACAAACCAUUAUCUUACUUAGUGAUGCCUAUGGAGCAGAAGGCGAACUUGGUAUUGUCUUGUCAGAGAAAUUUAUGGAGCAUGAUGCAUACUCAAUGUUUGAUGCUUUGAUGAGUGGUGCUGGUGGUGCUGUUGCAAUGGCAGAGUUUUUCUCACCAUCUCCUUAUCGUAAUUCCCAUUCUAUGUUCACCCCUGUAAUUGAAGCUUCUGCUGCAAUGUAUCAUUUGCUUUCCAUAGUUGAUGCAUCUCUUUAUACUCACCUUGUUGAACUAGGGGUUGAACCCCAGUACUUUUCACUGCGCUGGUUAAGGGUAUUAUUUGGACGUGAAUUCUCCCUGGAAGAGCUUUUGUUAAUCUGGGAUGAAAUUUUUGCUUGUGACAAUACAAGGUUUAUGGAAGCAGAUGACGCUCAUGCAGAAUCAAACUCUGGAGUCCUCGAUUCACCUAGGGGAGCAUUCAUUUCCGCUUUUGCAGUUUCUAUGAUACUUAUGAUAAGGUCUUCAUUGCUUGCCACUGAGACUGCCACUGCGUGCCUUCAGAGGUUGUUGAAUUUUCCAGAUGAUGCAAGUCUCAUGAAGCUUGUGGAAAAGGCAAAAUCGUUGCAGACUCUGGCAGUAGAUGUGAACCAUUCCAGUUCUCUACUUGUCCAUCCUGGAUUCUAUGAUGAAGUGAAGCCUGGGGUUACUAGGGGUUAUAACCACACUCUCGAUGCAACUUCUCCAAGAACUCCUCUCAGUGAUACACAUAAGAGCUACUGGGAAGAGAAGUGGAGAGUGUUGCACCACAAGGAAGAAGAAUACAAGCAAGCUGGUGUGGAAGAAAAAGUGCCCCACAUCCGAAAGGGAUGGUCAGAUAAAGUAAAACUUCACCAUUCUAAAACCGAGUCUGAUCCAUCCUCACCAACAAAGAGUGAAAGAUCCAAUCUUCCCGAUCCAACUGUUAGAAAAAGUUUGUUGAAUGAUCUGGCACGGCAACUUGGAGCAGAUGAUAAUGAAGUAAGUGCACUGCGCAGUGAAGAUGUAGAGCACCAGGAUCCGAUAGAGGUUAAUGGUCAAGAGGUUGCUAACAAGACAUCAAGCGAUACACUGAGUGCUGCUGGGAGUGAAGAGAAUUGUCCAAAUCUCUCAAAUCCACCCAGUCCUAGCCAUACGAACAUCGAUCAUGAGAAUGUGUCAGAAAGAAGUAGUGUUGCAUCAAACUCAUCUGUUGAUGGAAAUGAUACUGAAUCAUGCAGGACUAACACAAAAUCCUCCCCUCUUCUCGGCUCUAGCAUCUCUCCUGACGUCUCUUCAAGAUGUUCCCAAAAUGAUGAUUCACUGGGAAAAUCUCCAAAACUCAUGCAUUACACAAGAACCCUGUCAGGUAAAUUUAAUUGGUUGUUGAAGUUAGGAAGAAAUGCUAAUGAGGGAACCUCCGAGAGGCCCAGUACGUCCGAAGGAGCUAAAGAUUCCAAUGGUGAAAUUGGUCAGAACAGUGCUGCUGGGUGUGAUGUCUCUUCCAUAUCUAGCAAAGGUGAAACAGUAAACCAGAAUUCGAUGGUUAGCCUCAGGAAUCUUGCUCAAUCAAUGCUUGAGAACAUUCAGGUGAUUGAAUCUGUCUUCCAGCAGGAUCAUGGUGAAUUCGGACCACCAGAAAGUUUAUUGAAGAAUAGCUUUGUUGGCGAAGGACAAGUCACAGCCAUGUCCGCGCUGAAAGAGCUUCGGAAAAUUAGCAGGAUUCUGUCCGAGAUGUGAUUUGGUAACUAUUUGUCUGUCGGGUAGCAAAAAUAUUUGUUGCUCUGGUUUAUUAUUUUGUUGUAUGUAUCCUGAUUUUCAAGUGUAUAAUAUCAUUAGAUGCACCUUGUGUUUAUACUGAUUCUAUCAAAUAAAGAAGUACAAAUUCUGAUCUUUUACAAAGAAAAA